UCUGCCAGAAGAUCGACAGCAAGCGCACGUGCUGCACGUAAACAUUCACCAUCGGCACUCAUUUCAUGUCACCUGGAAAUUUACCAUGCCAAAAUCCUUUUUAUUGACAAAUCGGAGGUUUCUAAUUGAAAAGAAGAAAAGCAAAGAAUUAUCUGCAGAUACUAGUAACAAAAAUGCAGAAAUUAGGAAAGAUGAAAGUCCUUUCGAAGCUGGAGAAACGCAGCAAAAGUGGGAAAACAAUCCCGCCAAAUCAAAUCUGCAGCACAAUUUAGAAUUUGUGGACUAUCGUCAGAUAUUUUACAUCGAACACGACAAUAAAUUACUCCCAAACAGAGACAAUUUAAACGAAAUAGACACCGAUAAUGACUCCCCGAAAGAUUUGUCAACAAAAAGAAGAACUUCACCAAUACGAUCAUCUGAUGCUGAUCUCUCGAGACUCUACGAGAGCAACACUGUCUCUCGUAAAAUUUCGAACGCUCCUACCCCACCUUUCGUCACGGGACCGCGCUCAUCUUAUUCGUACUUUCAGUUUCCGGAUGACACUGGUGGAUGUAGAGACUACUCAACUGAAGCAGUACCGGAAAUGAAGCGGGCAACACAGACCCAAUCACUGGUAUCAGACCCCAGGACGGAAGUGGAAAUGUCGCCGUAUAACCGGUACUCCGACUUCAGUGCAGAGUUACGACCCGAAUUUUCGCCCAUAAAUCGCUGUCAUGCGGAGUGCUCCGAUCAUUUUUCGCUUUUGUAUGAGCUAAUAAGAAACACUAAUGGUCUUUUGGAGCAUAGAGAACAAAUGGAUGCUCCAAUAAAUGCUAAAAGAGUACUUAAUUUCGACAAACCGACUUACUCGCCCAUUAUCGAACCAAUAUCACCAAGACCAACAUCUACAACAGAGCAUGACGAAUAUAACAAUUACCCUUGCGAGGAGUGUGGCAAGCAUUACAGCACUUCGAGUAACCUGGCCCGUCACAGACAAACACACAGAUCGGCAAGCGACAAGAAAGCUCGAAAAUGUCCACACUGCGAAAAGGUGUACGUAUCAAUGCCAGCCUUCAGCAUGCAUGUCCGAACUCACAGUCAGGGGUGCGAGUGUCCAUACUGUGGAAAAAGAUUUAGCAGGCCCUGGCUACUACAGGGUCAUAUAAGAACACAUACUGGCGAAAAGCCCUUUGAUUGUCCCAAGUGUGGAAAAUGUUUUGCCGACAAGUCAAACCUCAGGGCGCAUGUGCAGACUCAUUCAACAGAAAAACCAUACGUUUGUGGAAGGUGUGGCAAGGCGUUUGCUUUGAAGAGCUACCUGUACAAGCAUGAAGAAUCCUCUUGUAUGCGCGGUCAACGAAGUCGCUCUAAAGAAGAGAGGUCAUCGGAUGUGCGCGCGCACAAACACCGGAACAGACAAAACUCAAAUCAAGACUCAUCACCAAGCAUCCCAGAAAGCUUGGCAUAGUCAACCAUGGCAUGGUAAAUUUUCCAAUCAUCACGACCAAGUUCAUUGUCUUCUUUGUAUCUCAACACGUUUGUCACUACACAAUUUUCAUUUUUAAUGCAUUUCAAAUCUAGACUGGACCAUUCCAAAAUACGUGUCGUACAAUUGUAUGCAUUGUAUUUUUGCUUUUACAUAAUCUAUCAAAAUGGAUAUUUUUAAAGACAAGCAGCAUUCCACGGCAUAAAGUAUUAUUGCCAGAUUUCCGUUGUCAGUUCGCACAUUCAUUUAUUUCAUCUAAAUAUAAA